UUGUAAUUACAGCAGCGUAAGCUGUCACCGACAUGGGCAGUGAGCACUACUGCUUGAGGUGGAACAAUCAUCAAUCCAACCUGUUAGGGGUGUUUAGUCAAUUACUACAGGACGAGAGUCUGGUGGACGUCACAUUAGCUUGUUCAGAGGGCGCCCUCAUCAAAGCCCAUAAGGUGGUCCUCUCGGCCUGUUCUUCGUAUUUCCAGAGCCUUUUUCUGGACCACCCCGAAAAACAUCCAAUUGUGAUAUUGAAGGACGUCCGCUUAGCCGAACUGAAAACAUUAGUCGAAUUCAUGUACAAGGGCGAAGUUAACGUGCAAUAUUGUCAGUUGUCGGCUUUGCUCAAAACGGCCGAGUCGUUAAAAGUUAAGGGCUUAGCAGAGAUGACAAAUCAGAAUACAACACUGAGAGAGCCAGAACGUGAACCGGAUCGCUUGAGACCGCAUUCGCAACCUAUUAAAAGCACUUGUGACAGUCCCGUCGAUACAGCGCUAACGAGCGCGUCCAAUACAUCGUUAGCCACCUCAGCCGCAAACUUAGCCACAUCAGCCGCUUCGUCGCCAGCCGCCGUAGCUGCCACAGCCUCAACAAACGCCACCGCGAACGCAACAACAGCGCCAGCUACUACGACGCCAGUCAGCACCGCAGCUGCCGUUGUUGCUGCAGCUGCAGCAGCCGUUGCAGCGGCCACUCAGCAACAACAACAAGCUGCCACAGCGUCUGCCUCCACAUCAACGACGUCCACGUCAAGCACAAGUGCCGGCAGCAGCGCCGGUUCCGCAACCACGGCGUCUACAGCGCAGAAACGUGACGCUAGCGGUGAACGCGGCGGCGGUAGUCCGUCGUCAGCGCCACCCACAAAGCGUCAACAAAUGUCACCCGAACGCGACUCUUCACCGCUGCCGCUUGAUCUCUACCAGGGGCGCAGCGUCGGUGAAGCCGCAACACUUGGACAGGAUGGUGGCGCGUGCGCCACUAGCGAAGAACGCGAUGCGACGACGCAUGCCAUUAGCAAAAAUAACAACAAUAGCAGCAGCAAUAAGAAUACGACGAGCAGCGGUGGCGGCAUUGCCAGCGGGACUAGCACGCAAACGGCGCAUCACAACAACGGCAAUGGUGACAACAAGUCGCGGCGACGCGAUGACUCAGACGAUGAAGAUGACGACGAGCCGCAUCAUGGCAUUGCAGCAAUGGAUUCGCCGCCCGCACGACCGGGCUCAUGCAGUGUGCUGGAUGUGGUGGAAAAAAUCGAAGAGCCCGACAGUUACGACGAAGAAAUGGAUCUAGACGAUGAUGUUGAGGAUAAUAGUUCGAACGAUGCUAUGGGUUUGAACAUGAAAAUCGGUGCAGCCAUCAGUCACACUGCAGCUGCGCUGGCUUUACCCUCACCGUUGGGUGGCGGCAGUGGCGGCGGCGGCGGUGAUCCAGAAUCAGCGCGCUCAACACCCGCUGCUGCAACCAGCUCAACAUCGUGCGGCGGUCUCAUACUCGCUUCGGAUCUCACACACCAGCAACAGCGUGCAACUUCGCGCAGUCCACGCGAUGCGGCGAACAUUGAGCGACCCGGCAGUAGUGGCGUUUGCGGUUUGGCCUCCACGUCAGCGGGCAUGAGUCCCAGCUCUUCAGCAGCAGCAGCCGCAGCGGGCAGUGAUGCGCUGGCGGGCACGUCCGGUCUGGGGCCAGUGCAAUCGGUGCCGCUGUCACUCAAGAAGGAGAUCGAUUGCAGCGAGGAUGACAACAGCAACAGCCGUCACAUGCAUCAGCCGCGUUCAGCGUCGGCAGGCGGUGGCUUGGGCGGUGAUUUGGACUAUCGCCUGACCACACAUGAGUCGUUCUUGCGCCACUUCAGUUCGCCGUUUGGCGCUAUGGGCAAUAGCAGUAGCGCCGCUGUGGCAGCCGCCCACUGUCCAGCACCGUUCGCCCUUCCAUUCACACCAUUCGGUCUGAGUUUGUUCGAUAUAGAUCCGUCCAGAAUUUUGGGUAUGCUGCAACAUCAGACUUGGCUGGCCGAAGAAGCUUUGAAAAGUCACAACUUGUUAAACACACCUAAGGACUUUGCCCACCGUUUCAAUCCUGUCGGUGAUUUGUUCGCCAAGGAUUUCCAUCCGAAUCAUGCGCAUGCCAACACUGCCGAUUUGCUUGCUGGCGUAACAGUGCCCAAUAAUAGGGCGAGCACUGUUAGUCCAGUUAAGCAAACCACAUCACCGCAACAACAAAAACAAGCCGAUCGUAAUGCAAUGGUGCAACAGCAACAACCACAGUACAAAACGCAAAUUCAUCACCAACAGCAGCAACAACAACCGCAACAACAACAACAAACAUUCAAUGUGCGCUAUCCCUCACCGGCGGCAUUUUUUCAUCGUCAACAGCAGCAGCAACAACAACAACAUUUAAAGCAAAUGUCGAGCCGUCAAGGCACACCGUCACCACAUGCUACCGCCCCCUCAACACAAACGAAAGCGGAUAACACAGCCAUAACCCACACGGUCUCAACUGAUGAUGAUGACGUCGUCAUCGAACUCACAACCACACACGACGAAGCACGCGACAGUGGCCGCGAAAGCGCUGCACACACACCGAACAACAGCAGCGCUGGCACAUCGAGUGGACUUGGCACUUCGGCCAGCGCUACUAGCAGUGGUGCACUCAGCAACGCCUGCUCACCGCUACUCUACAAAGAGUCACUUGAACAAUUGUUGCAACGUCGUCGCUCCGGCUCCUCUCUUGGUGGCGUCAGCGACAGUCUACGUUCGUACACACAACUGUUGUUCUCCUCGAGCACACCCGGUUGCACCGACACGUCCAGCUGCAAGGAGAAAAGCUCCUCAUCUUCUACCUCAUCAACACCACCACCCACCUCAGCGCUGUUGGCGCAACAUCAGUUGCUCACGCAACGAUUAAAUAGCCCAUCGGAGACGUCAUCGCUAUUUGGUGAGCCACCCAUCGAAGAGGAGACACGUUGCGUCGUCUGCAAUGCACACUUUCCGAAUGUGUGGCUAUUGGAGCAGCAUGCCGCACUCCAGCAUCCACACAUCGGUCCGGGUGAAGAGAAACCGUUCAUUUGCGAGCAAUGCGGUCAGUCGUAUCGUUAUCGUUCGGCUUAUGCUAAGCAUAAGGAACAGAAUCAUCGCGCUCGCUUGCCGGCCGACAAGCUCUUCACGUGCGAUGUCUGUGGCAUGCAAUUCCGUUAUUUAAAAUCGUUUAAAAAGCAUCGCCUCAAUCACGCGCUGGAGCGCUUGCACGGCAAGAAGAGCGUGAUUGGCAAGCACUGUAUAACUCCGUUGCAUAUGUUGGGCGAACAGGAUGUAGUGACCAGUUCACAGGAGCCGAUGUUGCCCGAUGAGGGUGGUGAGGAUUUGCGCAUUAAUGUCAAGCGUGAACAGGACGAUGAUGAACGUGAGCAGCGUGAACGCGAAGAUCAGGACUGUACCAUCGAUUCGGCUGGUAUGAUUAACAACAAUUCAGCAGCUUUGGCUACCACCAGUGUGGCAGAGGCAAACAUAAGCAGUUCAGAUGGAAUUCAUAGUACAAAUAAGGGGCCACGCCUUCUUACAACUUCACAAAUGGAAACGGAUCCCUCCUAUCAUCAUUUGCAACGCCACCCACAGCAUCAACAUGCCCAUCCACAUCACCAUCAACAGCAGGCAACUCAACAACCGUUGCCACCACAUUUGCACAGCGGUGUUGCUGGCUCAUCACUGCCACCACAUCAACACGCACAUCCACAUCCGCAUGCGGCUCUACCGCACUCACAUCAUCCACAUGCGCAUGCGCAUCACGCUGCUGCAUCGUCAUUGAACUCGUUGAACUCAUUGAACUCCAUUACGUCGUUGAUCAAUGCCGAACGCAUACCGAACGAACAAUUCCUGGGCCUUAAUCCGCAAGAGGCUUCAAUACUCAAUUUCUUGCGUGUAGACGCAGCCGAACGGCAACGGGACAAACGCCCACAAACCUCACGUUUCGCCUGCCCCUUCUGCGGCAAGUGUGUACGCUCCAAGGAGAAUCUAAAGUUGCACGUACGCAAACAUACCGGCGAACGACCAUUCGUGUGCCUCUUCUGUGGACGCGCUUUCGGCGGAAAAUCGGACCUUACACGCCAUCUGCGCAUACACACCGGCGAACGGCCGUAUCACUGCGAAUCGUGUGGCAAGUGUUUUGCACGCGCCGACUACCUAUCGAAACAUCUAACCACACACAUACACAAUGCACCACGCUGAGAUGAGGUGCGAAGGAGACAACGACUCCUUCGCAGAUAAUAGAAUGAACAGCCGACGACGGAACUUUGGUCGGAGCGUUGUUGGUGGCGCUGGUGGUGUUGCUUCUUGGCGGCCAAUGCGACGACGGCGGAGAACGGUUCAAUGCAGAAUGAGGCGAGAAAUGUGGAAAACAACAACAACAAUGUUCAACAUUAAAAACAGUAAAAAAUAGUUAUGAAAGGUUAUAAUAUAAGAAACACAGGAUAAAUUAUCGAUUAUACAAAUUAUCGAUAAAUAUAAUCGAUAAACGGUCGAUAAAUAUAUUCGAUAAAUUAUCGAUAAUUAGAAAAGUGUUCGCAGAAAUUUGCAUGUAAAUAUGAGGCACUGGAUUGCCGUUAACAACAAAUAUAACAAGACGUGAGAAGAGUUA